UUUUUAGACUUUAAUUAGUCACGAUUUUCUUGUCUUUUAAUGCAUUUAUUUCUUGGCGGAUUUAUUUUUUCCAAGUUUUCAACCAAAGGUUAAUCAGAGACUCGUCGUUUCGACUGCUUUCUGCCAUUUGCAUUGCUUUUGAAGGCUCUCGUUUUUGUAGCCGAGCGAUCCGCGACCGCUAAGCGGGGGCCAGAGGGGGAGACAUGACGGCCGAAGUGAACCCGCGGUCCGAUGCCACACGGCCCGACGGGGUGUUUGGUGAGCAGGCGGACGGGGACAGCUCCUACGGCGAUGAGGAGGAGCUGAGUGACGCCGAGGUGAAUGGGGCGUGGACGCCGCAGGAGAAGGCCCUCCACGAGGCGCGGCUCAAAGCCAAAGCCAAGCGCCGCCUCCGCCGCACCUCCUCCCGCGAGUCCGGCCGCGACUCGGUGUCCGAGGCGUCCGCCGACCCCGCGGCAGACCUCACCAGUCCCAAGGGCAAGCCGCACACCAACGACCGCAAGUCCAGGAUGGGAAAGGGCCGUGGUCUCCCCAAAAAAGGCGGGGCCGGAGGUAAGGGCGUGUGGGGAGCAGCGGGCAUGGUCUACGAGAUGGAGGAACCGGAUGCCAAGGACCCCAACUAUGACGAAUCCUCUCAGGGGAACACGGUCUAUGCUACGGUCAUGCCGGAGCUGGAAGAGCAGGAGCUGGAGAAGACAGUCAGCCCCGUUGUGAAGGAGUACUUUGAGCAUGGGGACACCAAGGAGGUUCAGAUGUUGCUGAAAGAGCUGAACCUGGGCAAGAACAAGUUCAAGGUGUCAUCGCUGGCCGUGUCGCUGUCCCUAGAGGGCAAGGCCAGCCACCGCGAGCUGACGUCCCGGCUGCUGUCCGACCUGAUGGGCAAGGGCAUGUCAGAACAGGACAUGGCACGGGCAUUCGACAAGGUGCUGAUGGAGCUGCCCGACCUCAUCCUGGACACACCGGAGGCCCCGCAGAUGCUGGGUCAGUUCGUCGCUCGGGCCAUUGCUGAUCACGCCCUCCCCCUGAACUUCCUGGACCGCUACAAAGGCAUGGUGGCCUGCGAUCACGCCAGGGCAGCCCUGGACCGGGCAGCCGUACUGCUGUCCAUGAAGCGGGAGAUUGUGCGACUGGACAACGUGUGGGGAGUGGGCGGCGGCCAGAGACCCGUGAAACAUCUUAUUAAGGAGAUGAACCUGCUGCUGAAGGAGUACCUGGUCUCGGGGGAGGUGUCCGAGGCGGAGCGCUGCCUCAGAGAUCUGGAAGUGCCCCACUUCCACCACGAGCUCGUUUACGAGGCUGUAAUCAUGGUCCUGGAGUCCAAGGGGGAGACGGCCAUCCAGAUGAUGGUGAAGCUCCUGAAGGCCUUCUGGGGGAUGGGCCUCAUCACACUGGACCAAAUGAACAGGGGCUUCCAGCGGGUUUACAGCGAGCUCCCCGAAAUCAACCUGGACGUGCCUCAUGCUCACGCCAUUCUGGAGAGCUUCGUGGAAUUGUGCCACCAAGAGUCAGUCAUCACCAAACAGCUGAGGGACACCUGUCCAUCCAGGGGGCGCAAGAGGUUUGUCAGUGAAGGUGAUGGCGGGCUGAUCAAGAACUAGAAGGGGUGGCUGGUGAUGUUGGUGGGGAGCGGGUGGGUAUGCUCCGGUUGUGCUUCAGCCCUCACUACAGGCCUGAGGCUUGGAUGGGAGGAUGUACACCUCCGCCCCCCCCACCCCCGUGCCCUGGCCUUCCAUCAUCACUGCACCCACCACUGUGUCAUCAGGUGGAUGAGGAAGGGAACUGUAGGGGAGGGGGGGGGUCAUCCGCCAUUAAAUGUUUCUUUUCCCAAAUGUAUUUGUUUGCAGGAUUUUUGAAAGUUCUUUUCUUGCUUAAGCUUUCUACCCCAUGAUUUUUUGGGGGCAGACAACCGGGAAUAAGGGAGUCACUCACACCGUUUUUCUGUAUCACUUCAUUGGUAGGUGUACUUCUGUUGUUACCAUUGCAUGUGACUUGUUUGUAAGGACACUUACAUAAAGAAAAACAGAAUUUCAAGCAGUAAAA